ACCCACGCGUGCGUUGUAACUCGAUUUGUUUACCCUGGUUGGGAAGUAUUCAUCGAUAUGUUUAUACUAAGGGAUAUUGCAAAAUAGACUACAUUAGUGCAUCGAGAAAGACGCAUUCUCAAACAUGAAUGGCCUGAAAAAAUUAAACGAUGCGAAUUUAACAGCGAAGUUUCAAAAACUUUGUGGAGUUUCACACAAAAAUGUGGAAAAGUGUGGCGAGUGCAAGGAACUACACAACAAUGGAAAGACAAACACGGAAUUUGGAAAUAGCAGGUGCUCCAAAUGCCGGGUGAAGGUGCCUGAAAAUAUAGGAUCCGCUGUGCUAUUUUACAUCCUGUCCUAUUCCUCGUCUCUGGGAAAUGAGGUGUUUUAUCUGCUUUUUUAUCCAUACUGUGUGUGGAAUGUGGACAGUGUCAUGAUCAGGAAGACGGCCCUGGUGUGGAGCCUGUCUAUGUAUAUAGGACAAGCCGGUAAAGAUUAUUUCUGGUGGCCACGGCCCAGGUCACCCCCUGUGAUCCGCCUAGAGACCGACUUUCUCCAGGAAUCGUCAAUGCCUUCCACCCACGCAGUGUCGGCCACAACCAUUCCGUUUAUGCUCGCCUAUUAUCUACUGAACAGAUACGAGGUUUCCCCCUCUCUGGUUCUGCCUGUUGCCUUCCUGUGGUGUGCUUUGGUCUGCGCCAGCCGUUUGUACCUUGGGGUGCACACAGUCUUGGACCUCCUGGCUGGCAUAUUGGUCUCCCUUGUCAUCAUGGGGGCCACGUCUCCUUUUUUGGAAGAUUUUGAUUGGUACCAGCAGACCCAUCCUUUCGCCCCUUUUGUCGUCCUGACAACGACGAUAGCCAUGUGUACAGUUUUAUACCCACAGAACAAAGAUGGAUCCAGUGCGAAGGGGGACGCCGUGCAAAUUGUAUCGGUAUUAGCCGGAGUCGGUGUCGGGUCAUGGCUGAACUUUUACUUUCAAUUUACCACUACCGGUGGUCCGAGUGGUCCUUAUGACGUAACUAUUCCCACAGUGCGGGAUGUAGCACUUCAAAUAUUAAGGUUUUUCAUCGGUGUCGUCAUCAUAGCGUUAUUAAAAUGGACACUUAAAGAAAUCACCGUGCGACUAUUUUCCAGAUUUUAUGGUCUGAAAAAACCUAAUUCAGAACACCCGUCUAUUAAGGUCGCCUACAAGUUUACCGUAUACAGCAUAAUUGGGUUUUCGAUUGUUUUCCUUGUGCCGUUUAUCCAUUGUAUGGUUGGACUUGAAAGAGCGUCUUAUUUUAAAGAAGUGGUUUAAUAUCAUGUGAUGAAUGAGCAAUGUAAAGCAAGCACGGCUAAUCUUUGAAUAUACAUGUUUAUAUAUCAAUGAAACAUCAGACUGGUGCACGUGAAGAUUAAGGCAGACCUGUGCGUUUGGAAAUGGUGCGGGGGGCGGGGCGGAAACCCCCUCCAUGCAUGAUUGUCCUUUUCUCCAGUGUCAGUACGCAGGAAUAAAUGUAUGCUAAACUAUUUAUUUUGUGUAGAAAUAAAUAAUGUGUUAAUAUCAUCGAUAUAGUA